AUGUUCACUUCCAAGGCAGCUUGGUUUUCUCUCCUCGUUCUCGGCCGCGGCACUUUGUCCAGCCCGACUCCUGCCCGAGACUCUAUCUUCUUUCAUGGUCUGGGUGGCGUUUCUUCCGAAUCGGUCCACAAUGUUCACCUUACCUAUGGUAAUGGCUUCCCACAUGGCAACGUUCGCGUUGUCUAUGGGGACUGCGCCCUGAAGAGCCCUGGCCAACAUCACCAUGAAGUCGCCUACCUAUUUACGGAGCCCGAGUCCACCCCGGACCGCCUGGUUUGGAUUGUGCCAGAGGAUGUCAUUCAGCGCGGCUGUCUCCACGCAUACUCAGAUGGUCUUCUUCUCGGUCGGUCUGAACCCAUUAGCUUCUCGAAGCCCCUUCGCAAGCGCCAGUCUCUCCACGAGAUUGGCGACUCGAAUGGUCUCUGGUUCAAUGGUGUGAAAUACCUGCAGGCGAAGAACAAGACCUCUACUGUCUCGGUCAAAGAGGCCAAGAGCAAGAAGAUCGCCAUCGUCGGUGGUGGCAUGUCCGGACUGAUGACCAGUCUGCUCUUGACAUCGGUCGGCAUGACCAACUGGCAUAUUGUCGAGUCAACCCAACGCGUUGGUGGCCGGGUUCGCACCAAGUACCUCAACGGCACUAGCCCAGACGAAUAUCAGUAUCAAGAGAUGGGUCCUAUGCGAUUUCCCGUGUCGGUCAAAUAUCCAGACACGAAUGAGACUCUGGAAAUCCAGGAUCAUAAGAUGGUCUUCCAACUUGCAGACGUCCUCAACGAGAUGAAUGGUGGCAACACCUCUGAGCUGGCGGUCAACUUCAUCCCUUGGAUUCAGAGCAGCCCCAACACCCCGGCCAACUCCAGAGGUUAUCGUCUGCCCAACGGGCGGAUCCCUAGCAGCUCUCAGAUCGCUGCCGAUUCUAGCAUGCUGCCACCAUCUGCAAACGCCUCUGACCCCUCGGGCGCCGAGCUCGGUGAAGGUUUCGUGGAUCGCCUCGUUGACCUGACACCUGAGCGCAUGCGUAACAUUUCCACCAACAUCUUCAGCGCCCACCGCGAGGCCAUCGACCGCGGCCUGUUCCACUGGUCCGAAGCCGGCUAUCUCAAGUACCAGCUAGGCCUGGAUACAGACACGGUGGACUUUCUCGCCGGCUCCGGUAGCUCUCCCCUGUGGGGUGAAUGGUAUGACAACGUCUACUUCUCGGCCAUGAACUGGCGUACUAUCGACAAGGGGCUCGACUCCCUGCCUCGUGCCUUCGUGCCUCACAUCAAGGACAAGAUUACUUACGGUAGAAAGAUUACUGGUCUUCAGCACAACAAUGAAACCUCGAAGGUGUCUCUGAUCUGGAGGGAUGACCCUCUAGACAUGACUGCGAAAUCUGAAGAGUACGACUAUGCUGUUGUGGCUGUCCCCUUCUCCAAGGUCAGGCUUUGGAGGACUCCCGCCUAUUCCAGCCUCCUGUCAAGGGCCAUCUCCACACUGAACUACGCUCAGUCCUGCAAGGUCGCUCUCCACUACAAGACCCGUUUCUGGGAGCAUCAGGAGAACCCCAUCUUCGGAGGGUGCGGAUCAGUUGAUAUACCCGGUGUCGGCUCUGUUUGCUACCCUGCCUACAAGAUCAACUCGACGGGCCCUGGCGUCAUCCUGGGGUCCUACACUUCCGGUGUUCCAGCAAGAUCCGUCGCCGCGUUGAGCGAGGAAGACCACGUCGCUCUCAUCCAACGGGCCAUGGUGGAGGUCCACGGCGAGAUUGCCAACGAGCAGUGGACAGGGAACUAUGACCGCCAAUGCUGGGAAGUUGACGAGCAUCAGGCUGGUGCUUGGGCGUCUCCCACUGUUGGCCAGCAAGAGCUCUUCAUCCCCGCGUACCACAAGACAGAGCUCAACACCAUCUUCGUGGGUGAGCAUACAAGCAUCACCCACGCCUGGAUUUUCUCUGCCCUCGAGUCUGCCGUGCGCGGAACCACACAGCUUCUACUGGACCUUGGUCUUGUCGACGAGGCAAAGCAGGUUGUUGAUACAUGGAUGGCUCGCUGGAUCACUGUUUAA